AUGCGCCUUGGAAGUAGGACUCUAUUCCACCCCAAACCCCACACCGCCGCCGAACUCGGAGACAUCCUCCUGGUGGCCUCCAUCACCAAGACUCUCUCCCAGUCCGGCACCCGCAACCUCCCUCAGCCCCUCCCUCUCACCGAGCCUCUCCUCCUCCAAAUCCUCCGCACCCAAUCCCUCCACCCUUCCAAAAAACUCGACUUCUUCAAAUGGUGCUCCCUCACCCACUCCAUCCCACCCUCCCCACGCGCCUUCUCCCACGUCCUCCACACCGCCUGCCGCGCCGGGUUUCUCGCCGAAAUCCCCGAGCUACUCACCAUCAUGAGGAGGGAUUCUCUAGCCGUGGAUUCCGGGACCUUCAAGUCCCUCCUGGACGCAUUCAUAAGGGAAGGUAAGUUCGACAUGGCGAUUGAGAUUUUGGAUACAAUGCAAGAAGUAAAUGCUGAGUUGAAUGCUGAUAUGUACAACUCGGUGUUGGUUGCUUUGGUUCGGAAGGGUCAGUUGCGUUUGGCUAUGUCGAUCUUGGUUAGGCUUUUAGAAGGAGGGUCUUGUGACCAGGUACCCAGUUGCAUUGCCUGCAAUGAGUUGCUGGUGGGUCUUAGGAAGGGUGACAUGAGGGUGGAGUUUAAGCAAGUGUAUGAUAAGCUUAGGGGGAAUGAGUGGUUUGAGAUGGAUACUUGGGGGUAUAAUAUAUGUAUUCAUGCAUUUGGGUGUUGGGGUGAUUUGGGUACUAGUUUGAGUUUGUUUAAGGAGAUGAAGGACUUGAAUUCGGACUCGGUUUUUCCUGAUUUGUCUACUUAUAAUAGCCUCAUUCAUGUGCUGUGCUUGGUUGGGAAGGUGGAUGAUGCAAUUACUGUGUGGGAGGAGUUGAAGUGCUCUGGUCAUGAGCCGGAUGCCAUUACGUAUCGGAUUCUUAUUCAGGGGUGUUGUAAGUGUUAUAGAAUAGAGGAAGCUACUAGGAUUUUUAGUGAGAUGCAGAACAAUGGGUACAAUCCGGAUACUGUUGUUUAUAAUUCUUUGAUAGAUGGGUUGUUCAAGGCAAGGAAAGUUAAUGAAGGCUGUCAGAUGUUUGAGAGGAUGAUUCAGUAUGGGGUGAGAGCCUCGACAUGGACGUAUAAUAUUCUGAUUGAUGGGUUGUUUAGGAAUGCAAGGGCCGAGGCUGCUUACACCCUAUUUUGUGACUUGAAGAAGAAGGGUCAGUUUGUGGAUGGUGUUACUUACAGCAUUGUUGUUCUGCAACUUUGUAGGGAGGGUCUACUUGAGGAGGCUCUAGGAUUGGCAGAAGAAAUGGAAAUGCGAGGCUUUACUGUUGAUUUGGUUACUAUAUCAACACUCAUAAUUAGUCUGUAUAAGCAUAGUCGAUGGGAUUGGACUGACAAGCUCAUGAAGCGUAUUAGGGAUGGUAAUCUGCUGCCUAGUGUUCUGAAAUGGAAAGUCGAUAUGGAAGCUACAUUGAAAUCCCCGCAAAAAAAUAAAAAGGACCAUACACCACUUUUCCCAAGUAAUGGUGACUUCAGUGACGUUUUGAGUCUCAUAAGCUCUGUUGCCUCGACGAUGGAUGGAGGCUUUGAGACAGAUGAUGCUGGAGUUAAAGAUGAUAAGAAUUCGUCUACACCUAUUGAUCAGUGGUCAUCAUCUCCUCAUAUGGAUCAGCUGGCCAAUCAAAUCACGUCCACUGACCAGUCUUCUCAGCAGUUUUCACUGUCUAGAGGGCAACGAGUUCAAGCCAAAGGGGAUGACACUUUUGAUAUUGAUAUGGUAAAUACUUUCUUGUCCCUAUUUUUGGCCAAGGGGAAGCUGAGCAUGGCUUGCAAAUUGUUUGAGAUUUUCAGUGAUACAGGUGCAAACCCUGUGAGCUACACUUAUAAUUCCAUCUUGAGUUCGUUUGUCAAGAAGGGCUACUUCAAUGAAGCAUGGGGUGUACUCAGUGAAAUGGGAGAAAAAGUUUGCCCCACAGAUAUAGCAACAUACAAUAUGAUAAUUCAAGGCUUGGGGAAGAUGGGAAGAGCUGAUCUAGCCAGUAGUGUUCUGGAUAAGCUAAUGAAGCAGGGUGGUUACCUUGAUGUAGUCAUGUACAACACCUUGAUUAAUGCUUUGGGGAAGGCUAACCGGAUUGACGAAGUAAACAAGCUAUUUAAGCAGAUGAAGAGUAGUGGAAUAAAUCCUGAUGUUGUCACCUUCAAUACACUCAUUGAAGUUCAUAGUAAAGCAGGUCGUCUGAAAGACGCGUAUAAGUUUCUGAAAAUGAUGCUGGACUCAGGCUGCAUACCAAACCAUGUCACUGACACCACUUUGGAUUUUCUGGGGAAGGAGAUUGAAAAAUCAAGGUACCAAAAGGCAUCAUUUGUACGAAAUAAGGAUGACUCCUGAAGAGUUUUCUUCUGGUCUAGUUUGAUUCUAGUUAAUUCGUUUGUAAAUUCCAAGUCUUAGUUUGAUGCGACCUUGAAACACGUUCAAUUCCAUAUUGAGCCUCCUAUUGUAACAUGGAAUUUUGUUCUGUGAUUGUCUUCAUGAAUCUGUAUGUGAUGCAGCU